AUGAACAAAAACGGAACAGCUAAAAUGAAUGAUAAUCAAAUUAGAGCAGAAGGUAGAAGGUUAUUUAAACGCUUCUAUAACAUUCCUGAUGGUGUUAAUCCUAAAACUCGUAGAAGUUAUUUAAAUGAAGCAAUAGAUUCAUAUGAAGGGUUUGACAUUUCAUCAGAAAGUGAGAGAUUAGCGAGAAUGUUAAAUGUUAAUAUUGAUUUCUAUUAUUGUGAUCCUCAACCAGAAGACGUGGACAUAAAUAAGGUAGACUUUCCAUUAGUGGAUUCAAUAAUGAUAGAUCCAGAAUUUGAAACAGUAAAUAUUUUAUUAACACAGAGUCCAUGUGAAAAACUUCACGCUGACAGAAUAACAGACGUUGAAGCACUCACCGGCUAUAGAGUUUGUCCAUAUUGUAAAGAAGAAGUUUAUUCUAUCCGUGAUGAUCCAGAAAGGAAAAACCAAAGAAGAUUUUUAAAGCAUUGUGAGAAAUGUAAAGAAAAUAAUGGAAGAUUAAUUCAAGACGUUCAGUUGCAAAAGACACAGCAACCAUAUGCACCACAUAUUACGAAACAGAAGAUAUAUCAGUGGUUAUUAGCUCACAAUUUGCAGAAAUAUUAUAAACCGACAAGAUAUUAUAUUACUUUUGACUUCGAAACAUUAGAGACUGAAGAAGAAUUACAACUUUCUGAGUGUGCAACUUUGAACGCUUACUUAAAACCAUUCAUGGUAUCAUCAACGGUUAAAUUAAACGAUAAAACAUAUACGAGGAAUUUUUGCUUAACUUCGAGUGAUUCUUUUAUUUCUGAUUGGAUUGAGUUUUUAUUUUCAACCUGUUCAUUAGUUGUUGAAUCAAAUAUGAGUCAAUACAAUGAAUUAUUGAAGUCGCAAACGGCGGGGACUUUGUCCCAUACAUUAAAUGAAAAACAGAAGGAAGCAUUUAAAGAACUUCUAGAUGAGGAAUUCAAUAAAGUGAAUAUCAUAGGUUUAAUUCGGGAAAGUUUGAUUUAA